AUGGCCAUCUGUGCGCCCGCGGCCCAGGGGCGCCGGCUCCGGGGGCCGCCGCCCGCAGCCCCUUCCUUCGCUGCCAUCCACCCCACCCGAGGGGCCCCGCGCGGGUGCGGGAGGCCGGGCCGGAGGUGCGGGAUGGACCGGAGAGACAAGGCCAGGGCGGGCGCCGCUGAGCGGACCGCGGCUUCGCACCCCCCGGGCCGCCGGAAAGCCCCCAGGCUCCCAGCGGCUCCUCGGGCCCCGCCACCUGUCACCCCCUCAGCCCUCAGGGCUCCGGGGGCCGCGGGAGCUGCGGGGCGGGGGCCCCCGGCCGAGCGAGCGCCCGGCGCCCGGCCAGCCGCCCUUCCGGACGCUCCUCCCGCGGCGGAGCCCACGCGGGGCCCCCGGACCGGCCCCGGCAGCCCAGCCGCGAGGCCCGCAGCGGCGGCCAGAGGGGCGCGGACCGCUGCCAGGACCCCCGGCCCAGGCUCAGUCUCCAGCCCCGGACGAGCCGGAGGUGCCACCAGGCUAGGCCCUCUGGGGCAGAAGGCACUCCGGCCGCCAGCAGAGGAGCCGAGGGGCAGAGGGAAACCCCCAGAAACUCCCAGAGUGAGUGCCCUGAGUGUGGAGGCGCGGAGAGACUCUUUCGGUCCCACGCCAGGCGCUCCCCUCCCCGCCAUCUCCCCUCGGCCUCGGGGUGGGGGUGCUGAUGUGGGGCUCCCCCGGCCAGCUUCCAGUGCCCGGCCCCGCCCCCUGGCGGAGGCCCCCCGGAAACCAGCGAGCCAUGCCCCGGAGCGCAGCGCCGCGGAGCCGAGCCCUGCGGCCCGGAAAAGGCCCGGCACCGGCGGCGGCGCCCAGAGGCCGGCCCCCCGCCCCCCGGGCUCCGGCGCCACCCCGCUGUCCUCCCCGGCUCACUCCCAGGCCUCGCUGGGGCGCUCCUCGCAGGCCAAGCCAAAAGGCCUGCAGGCUCUGCGCCCCCCAAAGGCCGCACCCUCCAGGAAGGGCGCAGCCAGCCUGCAGAGCCCCUCGCCCCCUUUGGCCACUUCUUCUCCGCGGGUUCGGACCGCACCACCGGCACCGCCCAGCCUUAUCGCUGCCUCUACUCUGCGGGACACACCCCUCCCCUCUGCACCCCCCACGCCUCCUUCCCGGGCCCCGGCGGGCCCUCUGACCACGCCCCUUCCGCUUGCCCCGCCCUCUGCCCCGCCCCCUCAGCGGGGCCGCCCCUCUCCUCCUGCCACGCCCCCUUUGCCAGCUCCCCUCGUCCACCUGAGCGCAUCCCUUCCGGCGGCGCCCGCCUCUCCCACGGCCGCUCUUCCAGCUCCAGGCCCUCCUCCAGCCUCGCCCCCUCUGCAGAGCGCGUCCCCUGCCCAGGCUCCUCCGGCUUUGCCCUCUCCCCCGUCCACACCGCCUUUGUCAGCCGGUCUGCCACCGGCCACGCCCCCUCCGCAAGCCCCUCUUCCUCAGGCAAGGUCUCCGCAGAGCUUACCCUCUCCCUCAGCCACAGCCCCGCGGCAGGACUUUCCUGCGCUGGCCGGGCCCUCUCCGCCGGCCGGCCCUCUGUCUCCGCUCCAUCUUCAGCACCCUGCCUGCACCCUGGCCGCCCCUCCCCCGCAGGAUCCUCCUCCAGCCACAGCCCCUCCGCAGGCUCCGCCUUCUCCACUGGCCACGCCCCCUCCACAGACCCCACCUCUGGUCCCGUCCCCUCCGCAGGCCCCGCCUUCUCCACUGGCCACGCCCCCAGUGCAGACCCCACCUCUGGUCCCGUCCCCUCCGCAGGCCGCUCCCUCUUUGGUUCUGCCUCCUCUGCAGGCCCCACACUUUCUGGCCUCGCCAGCUUUGCAAGCCCCUCCCCUGGACACGCCCCCUCCACAGAGUCCCUCUGCCCUGGACACACUUUCUCUGCAGGUCUCUCCCUCUUCUCAGGCCCUGUCCCCUCCACAGGUCUCCCUUCCUCUGGCCUCACCACCUUUGCAGGCCACUCCCGCUGCGUCCAGUCCUCUCCUAGAAGCUAUGGCCCCUGUGCAAACCCAAACUCUGGCCUUGCCUUCUCUGCCAGACCCUCUCCCUCCAAUGGCCACUCCCCCUCCCCCGGCUCCACCUUCUCUAGUCCUGUCCCCUUUGCAGGCUCUUCCCUCUCCUCCUGCCUCUCCCCCUCUUCAGACCCCACGCCGCCCCCCAACCCCGGGCCCCGACGCCCCGAUCCCGGGCCCGCGGCUGACCCUGGCGCUGGCCCCGGCGCCGCCGCCGCCGCCCUCGCGCAGCCCGUCCAGCACGCUGAGCGGCCCGGACCUGGCGGGCCACAGCAGCAGCGCCACCAGCACCCCGGAGGAGCUGCGCGGCUACGACAGCGGCCCCGAGGGCGCCGCCGCCUCCCCGCCCGCCGACGCCGAGCUCGCCGCCUGCCAUCCGGCCGCCUGGAGCCGAGGGCCCGCCCCGCCGCUGGCCGGCCGCGGCGCCCCGGGGGGGCCCCUGCCCUGGUCUCCGGCCGCUGGGUCCGGCGCUGCGGACGGCCUGUGCACCAUCUACGAGGCUGAAAGGCCGGAGUCGGCGACCGACGCCCAGGGAGCGCUGGAGCCCGGGCCCGGGCCCGGCGCGGGUGGCGGGAAGGUGGCGGCCGGGCCCGGGAUGCUGGCGGCCUCGCGCAGCGGGAAGCCGGCGCGCCUGGGCGAGCUGCCGCUGGGGGCGCUGCAGGCGAGCGUCGUGCAGCACCUGCUGAGCCGGACGCUGCUGCUGGCGGCGACCGAAGGUGCGGCGGGCGACAGCGGCUGUGGCCCCGGCAGCGCUGGGGGCGGGGGCGGCGCGGGCGGCGCCCGGACUGCGCUCAGCGAUGCUGAACUGGGUCGCUGGGCCGAACUGUUGUCUCCUCUGGACGAGUCCCGCGCCAGUAUCACCUCCGUCACCAGCUUCUCCCCGGACGACGUGGCUUCCCCGCAGGGUGACUGGACCGUGGUGGAGGUGGAGACCUUCCACUGAGUCCGAUUCUCUUAACUCCACCCCCGCCUUAGCGUCCGCCCUCCCGUUACACCUCUCGGUCUUAGACCCCUCCUUCUGGAAUCCAGAUCUUCGUAGAAUUUUGGCCCAGGUUCGCCACCACCCACACCUUUUGCUAAGGCCCUCCCCUCGAGCUUCGCCCCUUUGGCCUGGGACACGCUCACGCUCCCCUGGAGCUUUGCUUCCUCAGCCUAGCCCCCAUUCCACGUGUAUAGUUUGCAAUAAAGCCGGGACACUGCC